AUCAAGUUAAUUAAUUGGUAACUUGUUUUUAAUUAGUUGAUUGUCGUUGAUUGUGAUACGAAACCUGUUUGUGGGAGUUGUUCAGUGUUGGUGAAUUUGUUUCCUUUUAAAAAUCUUUUUCUUAAUUUGCUACUUUUUCCUUUAAUUUAGUUUAUUUUCCAACACAAUUUAACUUCACUUUGUGUUAACUUUUGUCUAAAUCAACGUUAAUUGUCAACAAUCAACUUACAUUCUGUUAAUUGUCAUCUACUUUUACCUGUGAUUGUUUUUUAAAAGAUUAGAAAUCAAUUCCAAUGGAUUAUUUAUCUUUAAUUGUUUCGAGUUAAAUUGUUUAAUCGUCAUUAAGUUUAAUCCAGUUAGAUUUUAAUUGUCCUCAAGAAAAUCAAGUUAAUCAUGUCGAUUCUCAGUAAAUUGUGGGACAAAAUUUUACUACCCGAAUGGUCAUUCAGAUACAAUUGUUAUGAAACUGCCCACACAUGGACACCUUAUUGUUCAGAGGCCUCAUGGCAGAUCGGCGCUUCCGCUUUCCAGGAAGGCCUUAAGAUGUACUCGGCCUUGAACUUUUUACAGUUCAUUUUAAACCGUCGGUACACCGUUGAAGCGGCGACCAAGUCCAUCGGCAACGCACUUAACUCAUCAACCUUUUUGGGUGUCAACGGUUUCCUGAUGUUCAGCCUGUUUUGUGGACUUCGAGGUUGUACCGGUAAAUUUUAUUAUUCCGUUGUCGCUUUCCUCCCAUCAUUUUUAGCCGCUUAUGCGGCCAUUUUUAUUGAGCGGCCUCAUCGUCGGUCAGCUUUAGCACUUUAUCUUAUCAAUAUUGCCUCUGAGUGUUUAUAUCGAGUUGCCGUUAAACGGAAACUGUUCAAACCCAUUCCUAGAGGUGAGAUUAUCCUUUUUACUACUUCGAUGACCAUCCUGAUGUACCUUUAUCGAUCUCGUGGACUGUCCAAUGACCCAAUUAGUUUACUCAUUAAAGGACUGAUUGGACGGGAAGAGGGUAAAGGUGGACUUGCAAGAGCAGCGGCUGUUAAAAGUUCAAACAAUAAUAAUAAUACUUUCGGUUCAUCUAAUGGCCUAAUUCAUAGUCCUUGGUCAAUACUGACCCGUUACUCUCAUCCCUCUUGCCCUCAUACAAGUUACUCAUCGUGUUUUACCUACAUCACUUCCGGUUUGGUCAAAUCUUCGGGUCUAACUUGGUCCAUUUUAACGCUUAUCUCCUCCUUUAAAAAUCCUUCACGACUUUUUAAAGAUCCAAAAACUGUCCUCUCUCGAGCCACUUCUAACGGUAAAAAUAUCCGAUUCGCGGCUUUCCUUGGACUAUUCGUGUCCACCUUUAGACUGGUCAAUUGUACCCUCCGUUCAACCUGCGGUGGAUCAGCUGAUUGGCAUGCAGCCCUUGCUGGGUCACUCGCCGGUCUAACGAUGUCUCUCUCACCCAAUUCAACGAUAUCAACCUAUGUGACCUGGAAGUGUAUUGAAAACAUUUACUGUUUUGGCUUUUCAAAUGGCCUUCUACCCGAUCCCGUUAACAUUAUACCAAUUAUUUAUGCUACUUGUGUUUCCAUCAUUUUUUACUGUGGCGUUUUAGCACCCGACACAGUUAGGCCUUCGUACGUUAAGUUCAUGGACUCGGUGACCCGACAAAAGAUUCAUCUUUUCAAUCGUAAUGUUUUAUCCGUUUUCCGAACUGGUGCUGAAAAAGGUUACGAAGAUUUCGUCCCAAACUUGGACCCUCGAUUUUGUACCAAAGCGUUUAUCGAAACAAAUUACCUUUGGAUGCUUCCAGCAAACUAAUUAACUAAUUGAUUACAAUAAAAAACUUUCAAUCUCUGUGAUUAAGACAAUCUCAUCCUCUAAAAACUUGACCAUCAUCAUCACUGUUUUAAUUGUUACCAGUGUCAACUAAUUGUAACAUGAAAAUCAAUCUGAUCAAAUAAUCAAAUCAAAGACACUUUAAAAUAAAAUUAAGAAAAAAAUCUUAAUUAUCUUAA